CGCGAUACUACGUAAUCGCGGUGAGUCAGCUGGCCAUCUCAUUAUACUAUAGAGUUUACAGUCGCGGCAAAUCUCGUACACUGUAAACACGCUUGCUUCAAGUUAAUUCCAAGAAGUUUCUUUAUUCACCAGUUGGCGUAAAAAGGCAGACAAUGUCGCACACCGUGACCAUCACGCGCACGACGGCGGUGUCGUCCGGCAACACCGGCAACUUCCUAUACAUCAACAGCGGCUAUGCGUCCACACUGCCUGGCCUGCUCAAACUGGCGCAGCUGUUGCUGAGUGCUGCGUGCGUGGGGGUGAUGACUUAUUACUACGACCACGGCUCUAAGUAUCUGACGAGGGCAGAGUUGUUCUUCCUUCUGGUUGCUGUGGCCUUCCUCAUUGGAACGUUUUGUCUUUACUUGUCCUAUCUCAUAUCGUUGUCUUCUGCUACAAUGAUAUCGAAAACUGUAUUUGAGGUGAUAUACCACGGCCUGGGAUUCAUCCUGUACUUAGCUGCCGGCAUCACGCUGCUCACGGAAGUUAACCAUUACAAGCGAUCCAGCACCUACGAAGCCUAUUUAGCAGCAUCGAUAAUGGGGCUCAUUUUAGCGGGUCUAUAUCUGCUCAGCACAGUGUUCGCAAACCGUUCUUUCAGGAGCCUUUAAAAUUGUAAUUUAAGAUUUAGUUACCUAAUUAAAUUUCUUUGUUGUAUUUAUUUUUAAGUUAUUAAGGAUAAUUAUAUUUUAAUAAUGAUUUUAAUUAGCUACAAGUUGUAUCUAUACUUGUUUAAUGAUAUGACUAUGAACAAACAUUUAAAAUACCUACGUGGGAUUCUUUUUCUUUAAUCCAUGAUUAAAUUAAAAGCACCAAAAAGCCGUAUAGUACCGAAUUAUAGUUACGCUACCUAAAUUGUGAUAAAAAUGAAUUUAUCGGGCCUAAUAUAAACAAGAAUUUUAUAAAGAUAAGUAUUUUCAAGUUUUCAAAGUACCAACAUAAGUAACUAAUAUAUGUAAUGUGUAAAAACCAUAUAAAAUACCUUACUAUUGCAUGGCAUACGAUAUAGGUGAUUUAAUUAGGUAUUUAAUUUAACGAAAUUUAUUUUCCUACUAUUAAAUCAAAACCAAGGAAUACUGUCUUCCUACAUUUGUACAAUUAGAGUUUCCUGAUCCUUCCCAGCCCGUGGUCUAAAUUAUAUUUUUACUGACUUUUUGUAAAAGUUAUGAAAAUAUAAUAUUUAUUUAUACCAAAAGGUAUUGUGAUAAACUAGUCAUCAAAUGAAAUAAUAUAUAUAGCAUGCUUACUCGUAUAUAUUUCAAGCCAUGUAAUUUCUACUGAUCAACAUCUUUAGAUUCUCUAACCAUACUUUUCAAGACAAAGUGUACCUUUUUUGAAUAUAAAUAUUACAAAUUUUAAUAAAAUUCUGUGCACACCGAUUACCUUAGAUUAGAGAAAUUUGUCUGUAUUCUGAGCCUACUGUGUAAUUCGUAUGUGUGUGCGUUUUUUGUAUUCCAUACAAAUUAAUACAUUAGUACAUUGUAAUGUACGCGUCUAAGCAGCCAACCACAAUUACGCGUUUCGCAAUCGGUGUGCACCAGUGACACAUGUGGCGUGUGUGGUACUUUUUGUUAUCCAAAAUGUUAUAAAGACAACAGGUAAAAGCAAGGACUUAUUAUAUUUUUUAUGAGGGAUACUUAUUUUCUUCGUUCGAGUCUUUAUCUUCUUCUUGUUGGAACUUUAAUAUUUAGUAUUUAUGAGCUCGUUUAUAUUUAAGUUAACGAUGGUUUUGUAUGUGUAACAUUGAAACGAAUAAAUGUUAUAUUAUUUAUACUUUCAUAUUAA